AUCUAUUUAAGUUAGUACUCAAGCAUCGAUUAAUUUUCCUUCCUCUAUAUGUUUUUCCUCCUACGACCACAUCUCCGUUUCGUUCGUCUCACCAACUCCCGAUUCACUUUCUUUCUCGGCUCACGGCUCUUGUUUCACGCGAGUUUCUACCUACCGGAAACGAAGAACGUAAGUUCGCACCGUGAGAGUGGUUCGGCAACCUUUCUCGCCCGUUGGAACAAAGAAUCAAGAGAUAGAGUCAAGAGAAAAUUUUGUUACGGGCAAUCAAUGUCGACACGACGUGGACCGGAAACUAUCGGAAAGUUCGCAGCCGUGUGAGACAACGAAGGACGAGCAAAGAGGAAGAGACGAGAAAAAUAGGGGGAGCAAACGUGAUCGAAGUUUGUCACGAUCGUGCGAUGGCGCUCACGCCUACGCGACGCACCCACCUGAACGAUAUAAUUUAUGUAAUAUUUCUAUGCUCGUAUCAAGUCAUCGUCAAUGUCUUAUCAGUUCCGCGAAGAAGUUGAUUGUUCUGAUUUAAAAGCAUACGGUAUAGCGUUGGAUCUUCAGUCGAGAACCAUGUGGCGGAUGUUGUUGCUGCUCUGCACGGUGCAAUACGCGCUCUGUUUCCAACCUCGGAUUAUAGGAGGACAGGACGCGUACAUCGCCGACUAUCCAUAUCAGGUAUCCAUUCACGAUCAACAAAAACUGUUAUGCGGAGGCUCCAUAAUCAGUCAAAAUUGGGUGUUAACGGCGGCACAUUGCGUUUCGAGUUUAGGGGCCUGGGAACUUAAAAUUCGUUUGGGUAGUACUUUUUACAAUAAAGGUGGCACGGAGAUCAGGCAGGGGCUUCAGGUAAUUCGCCACCCGAAAUACAAUAGCAAGACAUUGGAUUACGAUGUUGCUUUGAUAAAGUUACCUCAGAAGAUACCUACAAGCCAAACCAUAAAACCGGUCACCCUGGCGUCUUAUUCGAGCUCGGUAAAUGCCAGAGAAAAAGUAGUGGUGACAGGAUGGGGAUAUGUGACGGAGAACGGUCCGAUGUCGACCUCGUUGAAAAAGUUAACGUUACCUGUCGUAGACCAAAAGGAAUGCAAACAGAUUUAUAGUAACGCAAACAUCACGAUCACGGACAACAUGAUAUGCACGAGCAGUUUGAACGCAGAAGACGCUUGCAAGGGUGAUUCCGGAGGGCCGUUAGUGUAUAACAAAGUCCAAAUUGGCAUCGUGUCUUGGUCCUUGGGCAAAUGCACAGAUCCCAGGUUUCCCGGAGUGUAUACGCGAGUUUCUGCUGUGCGACAAUGGAUAAAGGAGAACACGCAAGUGUAAAGUUAAUGUUCCUCGGCGUCGGCAAUCUCACAAGCCUUAAAUUUACAAAUAGAGUCAGUAAAUUUUUGAUAAAGACAGAGAAUAAAAGUACGUCGAGGAGUUCUAUCUAUUAUCAAUCCAUCAAAUUAAUGUACGAGUUUUAGCGAUUCAGUUUUAUUCGCGUCGUCAUUUCGAGAUACGAUGACACAAAUUUAACCGUAUAUAUAGAAAGACAGGAAACGUUAUAUAGGGAAAAUUCUCCCUACACUUAGAUUCAUCUUGUUCUGUUUUAUUCUGUUCUGUUUCCUUUUCUAGAAACGAUAUAUUAGAGUUCUUUAAAUAUCUCAAAUAUUGAUAAUUAAAGGAUUCAUCAAAUAAAAAGGAUUAAACGUCAAAGUAUGAUAUGAAACGUCAAUGAUUAUCGAUCUAGUAUCGAGUCUUUUUUUUACUCUGGCUUAUAUACAUACCUCGCAUCGAAUAAUCUUCUUAUGGGUCUGAUACGAAUGGGACUUUCGGCAAUUGCGCGAUUCAAAUGGUGAUUUAGAAGUAAAAAACGAAAAGAAAAGAAAAUGAAAAAAGUUAGAUGAACUAGACGAACUCAUCAGCGAGGCUUAUUUAGCAGACUGCGACGUGAAUGCGGGAACGUUCAAUAUUGAAAGGAUUCUUCUUUCCCGAGCGUAUGCGUGAUUUUACUGCUGGUUUGCAAACAUUCGAAAUUUCGACCAAAUUGAAAGUAAAUCCAGUGAGUUCGAAAAUUUAUAGAAUUGCAAACAGUUUCCGAACCGUGUGAUUCAAAUGAUUCCCACGCUGAAAAAUAUAACGUUUCUAUUCGUUUUGUUUCCUCGAACCUUCUGUAAGAAACUGAAGGAAAACUUUCGUGGUUUCGUUGCUCGCAUUCUUUACCGGAAACGGAGCAACGUUUCUCCUUGUUACGAGAAAAAGAGGAUCACAACGGAUCGAAAGGAAUUUAGUUAUUAAUAAAGUUAGAGUUACUAGAGAUUGGAAAUUCUAUUUGUUCGUUGCAGUUUUUGAUAUUCAACAAACACGAUGUAGCUGAAGCGAGACAACAGGCCGGCAAUAACAUACGCUCGUUUUAAUCGCUUCGCUUGAGAUCGAGACACAAGCAUGAAGAUUAUAAACGUAACGUUAAUAGUCACGUUACUUUCUAUUAACACGUUGUUAACAACCGAUUAUGUACAUCUUUAUAUACUUAUACAUACCUACGUUACAAUGGUUCGCGAAAGUAGUAGACACCUUUUACGAAUAUAAUUAAUAUGUUUUAUAAGAGAUAUUCUGAGACCCGAUUAACGUACCGAGACACCACUAUCGUGAUUAGAUUCGUAAAAUUUGAAAUAAAUCUGACAAAUCUAUCAAAGUAUAAAAUUGUCUAAAUUGUUAUCACAGGAUAGUUUAUAGUAUCUGAUAUUAUUAAGCGUUCGAAAAGUUAUACAGCUGUUAAAUCAUAUUAUUGAAAUUUAUGUUCGAUUUUUUAAUUAUAAAUAGAAACAAUUAAAAAAAAAUAUAUAAUAGAAAUUACGUUAUGGAUUUCUGUUAUGGAAGAAACAUUGAAUAAAAUGAAAACUCGA